ACACAUGUUACACUCCCGAUUGGGUUGAUUUAAAGCAUACCCAUCUGUGUUUUAGCUUGAUUCGUUCUAAUAUUGGUUUAAGUUGAUUAAUUGUUAUGUUUCUGAUUUGGGUUUUUUUUUUGUUUGGUUACAGAAUUUUAGGGUUUGACUUUUUUAAGUGUUACACUCUCAAUUGGGUUGAUUUCAUGAAUACCCAUCUGUGUUUGAGCUUGAUUUGAUCACAUGUGAUGAUUCUGAUUUGGUUUUUUUGUAUGGUUACAGAAUUCUAGGGUUUGACUUUUUUAAGUGUAACACCCCAAUUGGGUUGAUUUCAUGAAUACCCUUCUGUGUUUGAGCUUGAUUUGAUAACUUGUGAUGAUUCUGAUUUGGGUUUUUUGUUUGGUAACAGAAUUCUAGGGUUUGACUUUUUUAUUUUGUCAUGUAAUUGAUGAUUAUUUUCUUUGUGGUUUGGUUUUUGCUUGUUGAUUUGGGUUAAAGAAUUGUGGGUUGAUUGUAGUUUUUUGUUUUGGUAAAUGGGUAUUUAGAUUUGGUCAGUGGUUUGUUUGAUUUGGAAUAGAUUGUUGUUGGGUUACUGUAGAAGAGUUGAAGAACUAGCUUAACCUUUAAUGGAGGAAGAUGAUAGUAAUAACAGUUUUAAUUGUUGGUUGUGACUAUUUUGUUUAUUUUAAUUGGCAUAGGUUAUGGUGUUAUUUGACCCUGUUGUUCAUCUGUAGCUUUGUUUGUUGUUCUGUAACUUGUAACACAAAUGUACAACUGAAAUUACAAAUUGGGUGAUGCUGUCACAUGACACGGGCUGUAUGUCGCUGUCACACCAGUCAUUUUUGUAUCUGAUAAACACAUCAUACGGGCCGUUUGAUUUGGCGAACACCACCUUGCACGGCCCAUAUGAUCUUUUUUUUGUCUGUCACGCGACCCAUAUGACGUCAUAUAACAUGUAUGGCACGUCAGUGGUGUCUGGAUAGUGUGUCAAUGGUGUUUUUUUAGCCAAACCCUACAGAUUUGUAGGGGUUGACCUCUUUGAUUUGGUACUGACUUAUCAUUGUUGUGUAAUUCUGAUUCAUGUUGUGUGAUUUUGAUUCAUGGGUGUUUCGGAUUAAGAUUUAUCAGUCUAGUUGUUGCACUUGUCAUCGGUUAUACGCAACUAAACACGGGCUCCAAUCUUUUUUACCAAAAGUGUUGUGAAAGUUGAGUUAUGCUUGUGGAUUUGAGAUGGCGAUAGUUCCAUCGAAGAAGAUGAUAGCAAUUUGCCAAUACGGUGGCGAUUUCGACACCUACGACGACGGGACCAUGAAUUAUGUCGGUGGGGAGGCUUACGCUGUUGAUCUCGAUGAGAAUAUGCAGUUGAGUGGAUUCAAACAAGAAAUAGCCGAAACUAUCGAUUUGAGUGUUGACGCUAUGAUCAUCAAAUACUUCUUGCCCGGGAACAAGAAGAAUCUCAUUACCGUAUCGAAAGACAAAGACUUUCAACGAAUGGUGAGUUACUACAAAGAUGCCGAUCAGCUCGAGGUCUUUAUUAUGAAAGACUCCCCUGCCGGUAAAAACGCCAAGAAAAAGCAGCCCGCUCGUAGGCCACAGAAGGCGACACCGAAUGUGGAAACAGCUGCCAUUGUACAAGUCGCUCCCGUAAGUAAUGCAGUGGCUCUUAACGAUCAACAUGUCGACAUCGAGACAACAACCGAAAUCACUCCGGCUGCAGUUCCAAUUUCCUCAAACCCGUUCCCUAUGGUUGCGGUUGACGACGAUUCACAACGUCUAGCGGCAAAACAGUGGGAAAAUAUCAUAACCGGCGUAGGACAGAGAUUCCAUUCCCUAGCUGAAUUCCGGGAGGCGUUAAGGAAGUAUUCGAUCGCACAUGCGUUCAACUUUGUGUACAAGAAGAACGAGAAUCAACGUGUAACGGUGAAAUGCAAAGCCGAAGGAUGUCCAUGGCGUAUCCAUGCGUCGAAACUGUCAACCACUCAGUUGGUAUGUAUCAAAACGAUGAGACCGGUUCAUAAUUGUCAAGGUGUUACGUCAAAGGCUCCGUUUCGAGCUAAAAGAAGUUGGGUCGGGAAUUUAAUCAAAGAAAAAGUUAAAGAAUCUCCAAAAAUUAAGCCGAAAGAGAUCGCCACCGAGCUUAAACGGGAUUACGGGAUUGAUUUGAAUUAUUCACAAGCAAGGCGAGCUAAAGAGUAUGCAAGAGAGCAGCUUUUGGGUUCGUAUAAAGACGCGUACAGCGAAUUACCGUUCUUUUGCGAAAAAAUAAUGGAAACGAAUCCCGGGAGUCUUGCUAAUUAUAGUACGAAAGAGGAUUCAAGCUUUCAUCGUCUGUUUGUUUGUUUUCAUGCUUCAGUAUCCGGCUUUUUACAUGGUUGUCGACCGCUUCUUUUUCUCGACAGUACACCGUUAAACUCGCGAUACCAAGGCAUGUUAUUGACUGCGACAGCUGCUGACGGUGAUGACGGUGCGUUUCCAGUGGCUUUCGCGGUUGUUGACGAGGAGAACGAUGAUAACUGGCAUUGGUUUUUAACCCAACUCAAACCGAUGGUCUCCCCCGUUGGAACCCCUGGACAAAUCACUUUCGUGGCGGAUUUUCAAAAGGGUAUACGCGAGUCUUUACGGGAGAUAUUCGGCGGGGAGUGUUAUCACGCUUAUUGCCUCGGGUAUUUAGCGGAAAAACUUAAUAAAGAUUUAAAGGGUCACUUUUCGCACGACGCUAGACGUCUCAUGGUUGAGGAUCUUUACGCAGCCGCACACGCGCCGAAACUCGAGGCUUUCGAGAAGUGUUGCGAAGACAUUAAAGCCAUCUCUCCAGAAGCGUACAAUUGGGUUAUAAGAAGCGAGCCGGAACACUGGGCUAAUGCGUUUUUUGGCGGGUUGAGGUAUAACCAUAUGACGUCUAAUUUCGGUCAUAUGUUUUACUCAUGGGUGUCCGAAGCAAACGAGUUGCCGAUAACCCAAAUGAUUGAUGAAUUAAGGGGGAAGAUGAUGCAGUUGAUAUACACUCGACGAGUUGAGUCAACUCAGUGGAUGACUCGGUUAACACCCUCCAUGGAAGAAAAGCUAAAGAACGAAAUCAUAAAAGGUCGUUCGGUUCAAGUGAUAAGGGCUCACGGAAGCAAAUUUGAGGUUAGAUACGUGGAUAUGAUUGAAGUAGUUGACAUUGAGAACUGGGAUUGUAGCUGUAAAGGAUGGCUGCUUACGGGUUUACCGUGUUGUCACGCGAUUGCGGUAUUGGAACAGUACGGGAGGAGCCCGUAUGACCAUUGUUCGAGGUAUUUUCAUGUUGAGAUGUACCAUUUGACGUAUGCAGACUCGAUACAUCCGAUACCAAACGUUGAACGGUUGAUGGAUACUGAGACGGAAGACGGUGCGGUUCUUGUCACCCCACCGCCCACUAUGCGCACACCCGGUAGGACCAAGAUUCGGAAGGUUGCACCCGGUCGUAUCGGACCGUCUGACUUCCUUAAACGUCAACUUCAAUGUGGCAAGUGUAAAGGGCUCGGUCACAAUAAGAGAUCUUGCAAGGAGAUCAAUGAUCAGUGAUUAGUAUGCUGCAAUGGUCAAAGAUAAUAAAAGAGGGCAUGUGUCAAGUCGAGUUUCCAUUCGGGAUUCUUGAUUACAAUAUGUUUCUCAGCUUGUUUUCUUUUCGGUCAAACGUUAAUGCUGAUAGUUAGCAGGCUUUGUUUUUGGCAUUUAGAGAUUAAUUAAUUUAGUUUAGAAUAUGUUGGAUAUUGCUGCAUAAUUGCUUGACUGAUGUUUGCAGGGAGGUUUUUAGCUUUCAGCAUUUGAAUGCACAGUUCUUUUAGUUGACUUUUUGUUUGGUGUUAUUUGUUCA